AUGUCCAUGAGCAGUUCCUUUGCGAGCGCUGCUUGGAGCAUUGCUGAUUUCAUGAAGUACUCUCCAGGGCCCAGGAGUGAAGAGGCACAAAACGCGAAAUCAGCGCCUCCACCCCAGUCCAAAUUGGUUGGCGAAACCCCCUUCCGAAAUGAAGGGCUUGAUGGGAGUGUGACCGGACCUUUGACGCAAGGACGUCACGACACAGAUUGUCCGAUAAUGAUCAUGGGAUGUCCACCUGCCCGGCACGAGGCAUCCGCAAGGCUAUGGCUAUAUGUCUAUGCCCCUGCGUCUUUCACGCUCUCAUCAUCAUCCCCCAGCGCCAUGUCGUCUGAACUACUACUUCGCGAGCCGUCCGAUGCCUGGAAGACGCAGCUUCGAAAUCGCAUCGCUGACGCGCUCCGGCCGUCAUAUCACUUUACGCCGUCAGGAGAGAUCAAAUUCACCGUCCCGUGGUCUACGACGUUUGGGGGGAUUGGGGCGCAUGUGAUCAAGGAAUAUGUGGAGGUUAUGGGGAAGCUGUAUAAGCUGCAGAAGUCGACGGAGGAGAUGGAGCUGGAGCGUGCGAGGAGACGGGCGGGCGAUGAGGAGGACUAUGGGGAGCGUGUGGUGUAUCCGUCUCCUGCUAGGUUGCGUGCGGAGGUGGAGGACGAGAAGAAGAAGGAGGUACGGGCUUUGAGGAGGGAGGUGCAGGAGGAGGGGGAUAGGGAGUUGGCGUCGCUGCUGAGGGCGGAGGAACUUAUACGGUGGGAGAAGAGGUUGCAGGUGAAAGAGAGGGAGUUGGAGCGUGCGGCUCAAGAACAUGGUGCGAAGGAGAGAGAUUAUUAUGAGAGGUUGAGAAUGGUGGAUCAGCGGGAGCGGGAUUUUCAGGAAAGGGAGAAGGCGGCAGAAGCGAGGGAGAUGCUUGAGAGGAUCCGGGGGAAGUGGCGACCGCGGGAAUCUGAGAGCAAAACUCGAGGCAGGGAGCUUCCGAGCUCGUGGCUUAAUCGACGACCGACGGUGCCGCCGUUGAUAAAUGUGGGUGGCCGGAUACAGGAGUGGGAGAAUAUAAGUGUAAGGUGGCUGCGGAUCGAAGAGGUGAUAAUCAUUACACGUAAACGCGAGGCGAAGAAUAUUAUGCGAACCUUCCCGGAGGAGCAAAGAUCUCUUCCAAUUCGAAUACUGCGUUCGCCGUUCAUACUUCAUCGCGUCCCCCACGAAAAUCUGGAGAAAAAGGUCAAAAGCUAG